AUGUCGAGCUACAGCGGGCGCAAGUUCAAGACCGGGGACCUGGUGUUCGCCAAGCUGAAGGGCUACGCCCACUGGCCGGCCCGCGUGGAGCAGAUGGCCGAACCCAACCGGUACCAGGUGUUCUUCUUCGGGACCCACGAGACGGCCUUCCUGGGCCCCAAGCACCUGUUCCCGUACGAGGAGUCCAAGGAGAAGUUCGGCAAGCCCAACAAGCGGCGCGGCUUCAGCGAGGGGCUCUGGGAGAUCGAGCACGACCCCAUGGUCAAGGCCGCCGCGCCGCAGGCCGAGCCGCCCGAGCCCGCCGACGGCGACGCCGAGGAGCCGCAGGGCCCGCAGCCCGGGCCGCCCAAGAGGAGCGCGGCCUGCGCGCCCGAGGACGCCGCCAAACGGCCCCGGGAGGCCGCCCCCGACGGCGCGGAGGCAGCCCGCGAGCGCGAGGCCGAGGCCGAGGCCGCGGCCCAGCGGGGUCCGCCCGAGCCCGAGCCGCCGCGGGAGCAGGCGGCUGAGCAGCGGGCCGCGGCCCUGGGCGCCGGGGCUGGCGACGGCCCGUAG